AUGGCAGAUGCUUUGAGUUCUUCUACUGUAUAUGGCUGCUUCACUGCAACAAAGGCCCAGGCGAGAGGAUUGAAAAAACAUUUGAAGAGACUCAAUGCCCCAAAGCAUUGGAUGCUUGACAAGCUUGGUGGAGCAUUUGCUCCCAAGCCAUCGUCGGGGCCACAUAAAUCAAGGGAGUGCUUGCCGUUGAUCCUUAUUAUACGAAACAGGUUGAAGUAUGCUCUAACAUAUCGUGAAGUCAUUGCCAUUUUAAUGCAACGACAUGUUUUGGUUGAUGGGAAGGUUCGGACAGAUAAGACUUAUCCUACUGGCUUCAUGGAUGUUGUUUCAAUUCCAAAGACAAAUGAGAACUUUCGUCUCCUCUAUGACACUAAAGGCAGAUUCAGGCUUCAUUCGGUUAGGGAUGAGGAGGCAAAGUUUAAGCUUUGCAAGGUUCGAUCUGUCCAAUUUGGGAAGAAGGGAAUCCCAUACCUCAACACUUACGAUGGCAGAACCAUCCGUUAUCCAGAUCCUCUCAUAAAAGCCAAUGAUACCAUCAAGUUAGAUUUGGAGUCCAACAAGAUUGUUGAUUUUAUCAAAUUUGAUGUUGGGAAUGUAGUCAUGGUCACUGGUGGAAGAAACAGAGGACGUGUUGGAGUCAUUAAGAACAGGGAAAAGCACAAGGGUAGCUUCGAGACCAUUCAUAUCCAGGAUGCACUUGGGCAUGAGUUUGCCACUCGUUUAGGAAAUGUUUUCACUAUUGGUAAAGGUACUAAACCGUGGGUAUCCCUACCCAAGGGAAAAGGUAUCAAAUUGUCCAUCAUUGAAGAGGCACGGAAGAGGCUUGCUGCCCAAUCGGCUACAACUGCUUAA